CGUGAAAGCUUGCUUGGCAAAUUGCCGCACUCGACUCUCGCAUUUCUAACCACCAAGAUUUUCUCAUAUCAUCCCAACCCCUCCCUCACCCUCUUCCCUUCGAGUUCUCCCUCGCAAACACGCGGCUCAAACAGCUGCAACUUCCAUCCUUCUUCAUCUAUACCAGCGCAGGUUCUCGCCCCGUAUUUUGGCAGAUCGAGCGAGCUCUCGAUUUUGCAUCAGUACUUCUCAAAAGCUCAAGGGAGCGCACUAUUCAGCCGUUGUAGGGCAGUUCAACAUCAAAAACCACCAAAAUGGUCAACUUCACGAUCGAAGAGAUCCGCGCUUUGAUGGACAAGCCGGCGAACAUUCGCAACAUGUCUGUCAUUGCUCACGUCGAUCACGGAAAAUCCACCUUGACCGAUUCUCUCGUCCAGCGGGCCGGUAUUAUUUCUGCGGCAAAGGCAGGCGAAGCUCGGUUUACAGACACGAGAAAAGACGAGCAGGAGCGUGGUAUCACUAUCAAAUCCACUGCCAUUUCCCUGUAUGCCCAUCUUCCGGAUGAAGAAUCCUUGAAGGAUAUUCCCCAGAAAGUUGACGGUAACGAAUUCUUGAUCAAUUUGAUCGAUUCGCCCGGUCACGUCGACUUCUCGUCCGAGGUCACGGCCGCUCUCCGAGUCACCGAUGGUGCCUUGGUGGUCGUCGACACAAUCGAAGGUGUGUGCGUUCAGACCGAGACUGUGCUCCGACAGGCUCUGGGUGAGCGUAUCAAGCCCGUCGUCAUCAUCAACAAGGUCGACCGUGCUCUCCUUGAGUUGCAACUCCAGAAGGAAGAUCUGUACCAGUCCUUCCUUCGUACCAUCGAGUCGGUCAACGUCAUCAUUUCCACCUACCUCGACAAGGCCCUGGGUGAUGUCCAAGUCUUCCCCGAGAAGGGUACCGUUGCGUUCGGUUCCGGACUCCACGGUUGGGCAUUCACCAUACGGCAAUUCGCCGUCCGGUAUGCCAAGAAAUUCGGCGUUGACAAGAACAAGAUGAUGGAACGUCUCUGGGGCGACAACUACUUCAACCCUAAGACCAAGAAAUGGACCAAGGUCGCCGAGCACGAGGGCAAGACCCUUGAGCGUGCUUUCAACCAAUUCAUCCUGGACCCCAUCUUCAAGAUCUUUGAUGCAUUCCAGAAGGGAAAGGUUGACCAACUCGUUGAGCUGUGCGCCAAGCUCGAGAUCAAGAUCACCAGCGAAGAGAAGGAACUUCCUGGCAAGGGUCUUCUCAAGGCUGCCAUGAAGAAGUUCUUGCCGGCUGCUGAUGCUCUCCUCGAAAUGAUGGUCAUCCACCUGCCAUCCCCUGUCACCGCUCAGAAAUACCGAGCCGAGACCUUGUACGAGGGCCCAGCUGAUGAUCCAUCUUGCAUUGCGAUCCGCGACUGCGAUCCUCACGCCGAUCUCAUGCUCUACGUUUCCAAGAUGGUGCCAACUUCCGAUAAAGGCCGUUUCUAUGCGUUCGGUCGUGUCUUCGCUGGUACCGUCCGAUCCGGCAUGAAGGUCCGUAUCCAAGGCCCUAACUAUGUCCCUGGCAAGAAGGACGAUCUGUUCAUCAAGUCCAUCCAACGUACGGUCCUGAUGAUGGGUCGUACCGUCGAACCCAUUGAUGAUAUGCCAGCUGGCAACAUCAUUGGUCUGGUCGGUAUCGAUCAGUUCUUACUCAAGUCUGGUACUCUCACCACCUCCGAAACCGCCCACAACUUGAAGGUCAUGAAGUUCUCCGUUUCCCCCGUCGUGCGUCGAUCGGUCGAAGUCAAGAAUGCCAACGACUUGCCCAAACUCGUCGAAGGUCUCAAGCGAUUGUCCAAGUCUGAUCCUUGCGUCUUGACCCAAAUCUCGGAGUCCGGUGAGCACAUUGUUGCUGGUGCCGGCGAGCUUCACUUGGAAAUUUGCUUGAAGGAUCUGGAAGAAGACCACGCCGGUGUUCCUCUCAAGAUCAGCGACCCCGUCGUCUCUUACCGUGAAACUGUUGGCGGUACCUCUAGCAUGACUGCGCUGUCCAAAUCACCCAACAAGCACAACCGUCUCUAUGUUAUCGCCGAACCUCUUGGAGAGGAAGUCUCCAAGGACAUUGAGAACGGCAAGAUUACGCCUCGCGACGAUUUCAAGGCUCGUGCCCGUAUCCUGGCCGAUGAGCACGGUUGGGAUGUCACCGAUGCCCGUAAGAUCUGGGCGUUCGGCCCCGAUACUACCGGUGCCAACUUGUUGGUUGACCAGACCAAGGCCGUCCAGUACCUCAACGAAAUCAAGGAUUCUUUCGUGUCCGGUUUCCAGUGGGCAACCCGUGAAGGUCCCAUUGCCGAGGAAGCCAUGCGCUCCAUUCGCUUCAACAUCAUGGAUGUGACUCUCCACGCUGAUGCCAUUCACCGUGGAGGUGGCCAGAUCAUCCCUACCGCUCGACGUGUACUCUAUGCUGCUACCCUGCUUGCUGAUCCCGGUCUUCUCGAGCCCGUCUACCUCGUGGAAAUUCAGGUUCCGGAACAAGCCAUGGGCGGCAUCUACGGUGUCCUUACCCGCAGAAGAGGUCACGUCUUCUCCGAAGAGCAACGUGUCGGCACCCCACUGUUCACCGUCAAGGCAUAUCUUCCCGUCUUGGAGUCGUUCGGUUUCAAUGCUGAUCUGCGCGCUGCUACUGGCGGUCAAGCAUUCCCUCAAUCCGUCUUCGAUCACUGGCAAAUCCUUCCUGGUGGUUCGCCACUUGAUUCCACCACCAUGGUUGGCAAGAUUGUCAUGGAAAUGCGCAAGAGGAAGGGUCUCAAGGAGCAAGUUCCGGGCUAUGACAACUACUAUGACAAGUUGUAGAGCACUCGGCGUGAAGGCACUAAUAGACAAGACCAUGACUUUACGAAUUGCAUACACGAGUUUAUGGUCCCGAAGCAUUGUAUGACAACAACCUCCAAAAAGCAUAUUUGCACGUAACGAGAUGCUGGAGGCAGGAAGGGGAACUGAAGAAGAAAUCAAGCGGAUGAAAUGGAUGUUGUAUGAGGGUGGAUGAUGGAGCCUGUCAAUCCUGAUCCUCCAUGGGCAACGUUUUACCGUCUAUGUCUAUUCCCUCGAACAUGGAUAGAUAAAUGCGUCGGCCUCUUGCCAGUUGCAGUGAUAGAAAACCUCCCUGCAGGUAGAACAGAAUGAAUGUUUUUGAUGAAA